AUGCCUCUGUACAGCGAGCAGAGGCCCAUCAGGGUCACCAUCGUCGGUGGUGGUAUCAGUGGUCAGUCUCGCAGCUCGCACAACUGAGUCGCUCUGCGCUCGUGGUGCACCACCACGCGCGGGCUACGGCCGAAGCCUGCGAACAUCGCACUCGGCUCCUCGUGGAACGGUUCGUUUCGUUCGAAUGGGGGUCUCACCCUGUUUGACCGUUCUCAGGUAUCGCUCAAGCGAUCCGAAUCAAGGAGCGACUUGGCAACAAGGCCAAGAUUACAGUGAGUUUCAGACAGCCGGUGGCAACGAGCCAGUUCGGGUUUCAGGAGGCCCCAUCGCGCGCUCGGACCACGUCUCCACUUCGAUUGACCAACCCUGGGCUUUGCGGACGUUUCAGGUGCUCGAAAAAGCCGGUUCAGCAGGUGGAAUCUGGCGUGAUUCCAAAUGGCCUGGAGCAGGUGGGUUCCCGAAAGCCAUCCCGAUUUCCAACCUCUAGGAGCUGACGGGCUCUAUGGUUUUAUGCCCAUAUGCAUUGGCUCACAAGGCGUCGACGUCCCUAUUCAUCUUUACUCGCUUUAUUCGGAUCUGAAACAUGAUUGGACAAAGUUGUAUGCGGAACAACCCGAGGUGUUGGCUUAUUGGUUGGGUUUGAUUGAGAAACAUAGUUAGUCGUCACCCAUCGCCCGUAAAAUCGGAACAGAGCUGAGCUUCCCCCUGCUCUCCCUCUCAGGCCUCAACGACUCCUUCUCCUACAACUCCGAAUUCGUCGGCUCAACUUGGUCCCACUCCUCCCAAUCACACACCCUCGAAGUACGCGAUACUCAAUCAAAACAAAUUUGGUCCUUUGAAACCGACGUCUUGAUUGGUGCCAAUGGACCCCUUUCCACACCUUUGAUCCCCAAGAUUCCGGGUUUGGACAAGUUCAAGGGCCACUAUUUCCAUAAUUUGAGGUGGGAUGAGGGGUACGGUUUUGAGGGGAAGAAGAUUGCUGUGGUGGGGAGUGGGAGUUCGGCGAUUCAGUUCAUUGUAAGUCGUCUCACGUAGCCCACAGUGCAUCGGAUCGAAUUGUCUGAGCAUCUCCUGUGUCGUGUGCAACAGCCCGGUCUUGCCGCCCUGCCCGGUGCCCACCUCACACAGUUCAUCCGUUCGGGAGGUUACUUCGUUCCCAAGAUCAACACCCCGUAUUCACACCUCGUCCAACUCGCCUUCCGCUGGAUCCCCGGCUUCCAACGUCUCUACCGCUUCAACCUCUUCCUCGAAUCCAACGACCGUUGGCGCGCCCGUAACGAAGAAGCCGUUCGCCCCACCCCGACCGAAACGUCCUUGAUCAAGUACCUGGCCGAUACCGCACCAGCGAAAUAUUUCGAAGUGCUCAAACCGGAUUAUCCUUUUGGGUGCAAACGACCGGCGUUCGAUCAUGGCUGGUUGAAGAGUUUGCAUAGGGAGAAUGUCGAAUUGGUCAAUUCGCAUAUCGUCGAGUUUGAUGAGCGGGGCAUAAAGACCCAGGAUGGAAGAUAUUUCGAGGCGGAUGUGGUCAUUUUCGCGACGGGGAGUAAUGUCGCUGAACAUGGAGUUGGGAUCAAUCUCGGGGUCAAAGGAGAGGAAGGGAAGACUUUGAACGAGUAUUGGAAGGAGAUUGGUGGACCUCAGGCUUAUCUGGGAGUUGCCGUACCUGGCGUGAGUUUCUGAAGCACAGCUUUCAUUCAUUCUGCGCAGUCGAUUAAGCUCCGUCCCCCGGUUUUCUUCCCAGUACCCCAACCUUUUCAACGUCAUCGGACCCAACGCCAUCGCCGGAUCAUGGGGUUACACCAUCGGCACCAUGACCGAAUUCAUUUCCCGCCUCGUAUCCACCCUCGUCGAAAACGAUCUCACUUCUUUACAACCCACCAUAACCGCUUUUCGAGCGCACAACCUCGAGAUGAGGUCCAAAUUGGCAACUUCGACGAUGAACUCGCAGUUGUGUUCGAAUUGGUGGAGGGUUGGGGGGAAGGGACUGAUCACGGUACCGAAUUGGCAAACGGGCUUUGGGCUUGCGGCGUCGGUUCGUAAGAUCAAAUGGGAUGAUUGGGUCGCCGUUGAAAGGAUCUCUCCUGUCGAGGCUGCCGAUGCCAAACAAGCUAUUGGGGAAGUUCGACCGGUCGACGUCAAGAAGCGCUUCUGGUUCAAGACCGCUCGCAAGAGCGUCGAGGUAGGCGUUAUCUUGACGGCUGUGGUCGCGGUGUUGAGGUCUCAGGGGUGGUCGGACAAGUUGUUCGAUGCUGCACGCGCUUUGUUUGUUCGAGCUUAG